CGGAGUGAUAAAUGAUUGUUUGAGGAAGAUUUCUUGUUCUUUUGUUUUAUUAGUGUCAAUUCAAACCCUAAGUCAAAACUUAUAAUUCAUUCAAAUCAAUUUGUAAAGAGAUGGAAAAAUUGAAGAGAGUAGUGAGCGAAAUAGCUUAUUCCCAUGAUUUCUCCAAACUCUCUCAACUUCACCGCUCUCUUCUCCCUCUCCUUACAUUAGCUUCUUGUUUCUAUAAUUUCUCUGUUACUACCCGCCACCAUCUUUACUCUCUUGGUAAGCAAAGGUUGCCGGUGCCAGUGAUUAGUGUUGGGAAUUUGACGUGGGGAGGAAAUGGGAAGACUCCAAUGGUGGAGUUUCUGUGUCACUGGUUUUGUAAUUCUGGGAUUUCUCCACUCAUUCUUUCCAGGGGUUAUGCUGGAGGGGAUGAAGUUAAAAUGCUUGAAAGGCAUCUUAUGGGAACAUCUGCAAAGGUUGGCAUUGGUGCAAACAGGGCUACUGCUGCUAAUCAGUUUCUUGAAAGAUAUGGCCAUAUAGAUUCAUGCACCAAUAAUUUCUUCGAGAACUUGCUUUUGGUGAACAAAGUUGGUACUGAUGUUACGUCAGACAAAAUUGGUGUUGCUAUUCUUGAUGAUGGAAUGCAGCAUGUGAGCUUGGAACGUGACUUGGACAUUGUGAUGGUAAAUGGAUUGACGCCAUGGGGGAACAAUCAAUUAAUUCCCCUCGGACCUUUGCGGGAACCAUUGUCUUCCCUUGCAAGAGCAGAUAUCAUUGUGAUCCACCAUGCUGAUCUGGUGCCUGAGAAAAAUCUUAUCAGUCUAAAACUUGGGAUUCAAGAGAUAAAAAAGUCCCUUCCUGUUUUCUUCAGUAGAAUGGUUCCUUCACACUUCUUCACGGUUCACAAUGUCGGCACUGAAUUACCUUUGUCGGCAGUUAAAAGCAGGGUCUUACUAUGCCUCUCUGCGAUUGGUUCUCCAAAAGGUUUCGUGAAGUGUAUUGAAAAGCUAGGACCAUCACAUGUUGAUCAGCUUCACUACAGUGAUCAUUACUUGUUUCAAUCCAAGGAUAUUUGCAUGAUGAUGAGGAGACUUGAAGAGCUCCAUCACAAUUUUGGAUGCAGACCUAUUGUUGUCACAACUGAAAAGGACUACGACCGGGAUUGUGAAAUUCUCUCAAAGUUACAUCCUUUCGACAUUCUUGUACUCUGUUCUCAUCUUCAAUUUGUCCCUCAUAAUGGAAGCUCAGAGAAAGGUUUCAAGGAGCUGUUAAAGCAACUAUUGGAUUCAAGACCAAGGAGACAUAAAUUAACACCGAGCACCGAGGAUACAACCUCUUCAACCUAAGCAAUGCCAAAAAGCGGCAAAUGAUCGGUUGACGGUUGCAGGGCCUUUUCUUGUUGAAAGACAACUAAGUGAAAAGGGAAGGCUAAGCUUAUCCUUCUUGGCGAGAUAUCGAGUGUCACUCAACGUACAAACAUCACCAUUGCAUACAUACCUUUUCGAGCUUGGUGGUUCAGAGAAACAACUGAAGAGAUUGAAGAAUGAAGCCAUGGUUUUCUGGAAUUGGCUUUUCCAGCUUAACUUCCGUGUUUAUUUUGUUUGGUGUUUAAUUUGCAUGUGAAACAAAUAAGAAGAUGAAGAUUUAUAGCAUACAAAACUUGACCAUGUAGUUGAGGUUUGUUUGCAUUAAUAAAACCGGUCAAGUUUUUCACGUGGAAUUUAAAUCAAUUAAAUGUAUAAAUGGCCCUACAUUUAGCUGGCCUUUUUUUUUUCUUUGUGUUUAUACCAAAUGCCACGACAAUUUGUUCAUAUCAAUCAAUUCAAUUCAAUUCAUAUUUGGUAAUGUAUAUGGUGGUGAAAGCGUGAUAGAGAUUUAAUAUUAUUCAUGUGUUCUAGAAUUGUUUUCGUAUUAAAUGCGUCUAAGCUAACCAAGUCCAAGUCUAUAUGAUUAGGCCUUUUUUAACUUCGAAGAAGUACGGAGUGUAAUAUAAUGAUGUCAAAGAACAAGACUUCGAACAUUACGAAUGGAUCUGGACCCUAUCCAGACCCGGUGGAUUCAGAUCCGUUUUACAGGAUCUGGAUCUUCAAAAUUUGGACCCUGCGGACUUGGAUCCGGAUCCGGAUCCGGAUCCGUUUCUAGCGGAUAGGAUUUGGAUUUGGAUCUCGUUUUUAAGAUCCAAAUCCGGUCCAGAUCCAUUUUAAAAUAAAAUUUUAUUUUUAAUAAAAAAUAUGUUGAAUUUGAAUUUUUCAUAAUUUUGAUAUUUAUUUUCUUUAUUCAGUUAGAAUAUAUUUUGCAUCAUAGGAUGAAUGCAUAAUUUUAAUUUUUUUUUUUGUAAAAGGUAGUGUAAAAUAAUAUUUUUUGAAGGAAAAAAUAAAUAUAUGUGGAUCUAGAUCCUACCCGCGUAUCCGUUGGAUACAGCGAAUCUGGAUCUAAAAAUUUUGAACCCGCGGAUCCGGAUCUGGAUUUUGAUCCAUGUGUGGAAAACGGAUCUGGAUCUGGAUCCAGUUGGAACCGGUUCAGAUCCUACCCAUUGCCAUCCCUAAUUACGAGACUUAUAACGUCUUAACGAUUAGGAAUGAUAAUGGAUCGGAGUUGGAUCGAGUCUGACAAGAUCCAGCCUGAGACCCAAUUUUCGGAGGUGGAUCCAAAUUUGAACCGUGGGCCUAAAAAAAUUAAAUCAAGACCAAUAUCCAAUGGGUCUAGAGUCUGAUAUGCGUUCUAAAUGGGUCUGGGAAUCUAGGCCCAUUUAUUUUCCUAAAACUUUUAUCGAUCAUUUUUCUUAUCAUAUACUUCCUCCGUUUUUUUCCUUUGCACCAUAUGGGUUGGACACCAAGAUUAAGAAAAACUAUAAAUAUCAAAAUUGCAAACCCCUUCUAACUUCCUCGCUAAGUUGUCCAACUGUACCAUCAGGUUCUUGAUUUGCAAUUAAUCAAGACCUCUAGCCAAAGCCGUAAACUCAGGUUUAAAAGAAGAGCAGUGACCAAAGUUUGCCAUGAAAGCUGAGACACAGUUACAUGCUUAGCAAAUUAGCCUGUCUUUUAAGUUUCAAUUAUCUAAGAGUAUAAAAUAUAGGCCGAGACAAGGGUUUAUAUUUUAUACUAUGUAAUUGUAUUAUAUAUUAUAUUAGCAAAAGUUGCAGAGUAAUUUUGUGAAACCUUCUCUUAUAGGACUGAUCUAGCAAUGAAGUACUCAUUAUGAGUUUUGUAAUCUGUAUACCCAUCUGAGAAACAUGUUGUUGAGUCUCUGUUGGCGUUUGUGAAUGCUUUACAUUAGCCUGUAAAUGCGCAACUUGCAGGGCAUCUUUCAGCAGCAAUACGAGUUUGAGUUCGUGAUUAGUACAUGGAAGAAGGAACACCUUCAGCAGCAUUUUGUAAAUUUAAGUUCAUAUUCACAUAGCUAGAUAAGGGAUAGUACUUGAAAUGUUGAUUCUUUGUAUUGUUGUACUGAUACAUUUUAGUCUACUAAGUAUGUGUUACUAGUAGAUUUUUUAGGAGGCUAAGUUUUAAAAGUUUAUCCCAUGGAGAUGAACCUCUGAUUGAAGUUGUGGUGAUGGAGGAAGGAUGGCUGCACGAUUCGACGAAAAAGCAAAUUGUGGAAAAUUGUUGAAAUGAUUUCUACAAGUCGGACCUCCGGUGUCCGAAUGCUUAAUAGAAUAUUUUUUGAGCUAUCCGAUUUCGUUAGGGCUCGAAAACUGCAAUUUAAUUAUUUUCGAGUUUUGUUUUUAAUUCUUUUUCGUAAUAGGAUUUUGUGUUAACUAUUUAAAUACUUUUGAGAUGUCAUUAGAAAUCAACUAUUCUUUUGAUAAUAAAAUUCAGAGAAUUUAUCUA